AUGUCUGGCAGGUUGUGGUGCAAGGCCAUUUUUGCUGGCUACAAGGGGGGCCUCCAGAACCAAAGAGAGCACACAGUUCUUCUUAAAAUUGAAGGUGUUUAUGCUCGGGACGAGACUGAAUUCUACUUAGGCAAGAGAUGUGCUUAUGUGUAUAAAGCAAAAAACAGCACAGUGGCUCCUGGAGGCAAGCCAAACAAAACCAGAGUGAUCUGGAGAAAAGUAACUCGGGCCCAUGGAAACAGUGGCGUGGUUCGUGCCAAAUUCCGAAGCCACCUUCCUGUGAAGGCCAUUGGACACAGAGUCUGUGUGAUGCUGUAUGCUUCCCGAAUUUAA